AUGGCGGAGAAGAAAGAGAUUAUUCCACCUCAAUACGACGUUAACGCGAAAUGGGAUGCCUGUUUGGAUGUGACUGUUGAGCGUUUUGGGUACUCUUCUUUGGGUGGAGCCUUCGCGGGUCUUCUUCUCUUCAGGAGACCUUUAUCUCGUUGGGCAUGUGUAGCUUUUGGUGCUGGAAUCGGCAUAGGAUCUGCAUACACACAAUGUUCCCAAUUAUUCGGUGCAUCUCCCGCAAAGCAGCCUUCUCCCAAGUUUUCUGAGUCUCCAGAUUCUCAUCAAGGUCAUGACUAAACAGAGGAGUGCAUAUGCUAUUCAAGAUCUUGGGUAAAUAUAUAUAAACUUCAUAAUUUCAUGAUUCUUUUGAAUUGUAAUGAUAUUAUUUUGUAUGAACUGAUGAAUUCCAAUGAACUGGGGAAUUUUAAUUAUUUUUUUAGUCUGAAAUUUGGGGAUUGUUUUUGUUUAUUAUUUGGGGAUGAUGAUAGAUAUUUCUAGGUUAGUUUUAGAGUAUACAGAAUGUGAUGGUUGGUAGAUAUUUUUUUAAUUCUACAAUUCCAGAUUGUUAAAAUGGUAAAUGAGAAUGGUGAGGGAAGUGUUCAUAGAUAUGGGUUUGGUUUGUUUGUAUUCUUUGAGUAUGUUAUUCAUGUAACAAUAAGUAUUGCUAAUGGGUAUUCGUGAACACCUCAUAAAGA